AUCCGGAACUCAUCGCGUGUACCCAUAGGAAUUGCAAUGUCUUUUUUUACAAGUAUAUAUAGACUAAAGCAACUGUAAGUUUUUUGUUAAAAAUACCUAAGCUGUCAAUGAUCAACAGUAAUUAUGAAUAUUGUUGUUUGAAGUUGCGUUGACAGUGAACGAUAAACAGUGUACGGUAUCCUAACCUAUGAGCAGAACAAUGUUUUCAAACAUUCUUUUUGUGCAAUAAGAACGAUUAUUAAGCAAUUCGAGCCAAAUAAAUGCAAGCUUUCAAAAUGUUGCUCAAAACAUUUCAACUGACUUCAAGGAAUUUCCGGAACGUCGCUCGUUUGCUGGCUGUUGAAUCUGGUGUAAUUGUUCCUGCACAGAAUUAUGCUAGACUAGUUCCAAGGAAGGGAAAAAUUGUCAAUGAGGACGAACUUUUUGAUGUUAGCAUUGACUCACCGACUCCAACACCUCCCACAGUAAAACCUAAGCGUAAGUUCACGAAAUCCAAAGCUAAAGAUACAAGAGAGUGCAACGAGUCAAUGAGCAAACAGCUUCAUACAAAGCUGUACCAGAAUGAUAAAGUAGUUUCAUCAAUAAUGAUGAGCCUUUUGUCGAAAAAGCAAAGGAAAAAGAGUGACCAGAUAGUCCUAGAAGGCAAACGUUUGAUCCAAGAGGCUCUUGAAGCUAAAAUCAAAUUAGAAACCUUGCUUUUCAGCAGACACGAAGAUGUUAAGGAUUGGGCAAUUCCAAAGACGGCCAAGAUGUAUAAGGUACCUUACAGAACCAUACAGCUUUGGUCAACUUUGACAACGUCCCCUGGUGUUAUGGGAGUUUUUCAAAAACCAGGUCCAUUGAAGCUUGCAAAAAAUUCAUUGCCAAUAACUGUGGUGUGUGAUAAUGUGAGAGAUCCAGGAAACAUGGGCUCAAUUUUGAGAGCGGCUGCUGGAGUUGGCGUUGAAAAAGUUAUUUUGACAAAAGGCUGUGUUGAUUUUUGGGAUCCCAAAGUGUUGAGAAGUGCCGCGGGUGCACAUUUCCAGAUUACAGUUUAUAGUUCUAUAGACUGGGUAGACAUUGAAUCAUUUUUUAAUGAUAAUGCACAAGCUUAUUUAGCAGACAAUAAUACUAGUGUUUUUGAAGAAGACGUUGAAACUUGUGUGAAUGAAGAAGAAAAAAAUAAAGCUGACCAAAUAGAAGAGGAUGAUGAAGAAGAAGAGGAUGCCAAAGUAUCCGAGACAAAUAAAAAAUCGAAAAAAAAUUAUUACCAACAAAAAUAUAAACUUGAUGUACUCGGGAAAUUGAAUAAUAUACCUCUCGUACCUUAUUAUUCUGUAGAUUAUACAAGUAAUCAGGCAAUCUUAAUUGUCGGUGGUGAAACAGAAGGCGUGAGUCAUCAUUCCAUCAAACUGCUACAAUCAAGACAGGGAUUAAGAGUCAAUAUUCCUUUGGAAAAUAAUGUAAAUAGUUUGAAUUCAGCAAUGGCUUUGGGUAUCAUUGCCUUUGAGAUGAAACGACAAUAUUUGGGCGUUCUAAGUAAAUUAAAACAAAAGCAGGUUCAAUAAUCAAUAAGUACUGUAUUCAUAAUUUGUAGAUAA